AUGACCUCCAACCAAGGCCAGCGUGAUCGUUCGGCCUCGUCGUCGCACUUGUCACCNCCCGUCUCGGCCGACUCUUUCCAACCCUUCUCCAAUCCUUAUGAUAGCCAGCAGCAGUUCCAGGCCAACACUCUCAACCAACAGCAGUUUCUUGAUCCUCAAGCUACCUUGCUGGAUUUCCAAUCUUCAUCCUUUGAUAACAAUNNAGCUUCUUCAGCGCUCGCACCCCCAGCCUUUAUAGUCCGAACGGCAGCAAACGAUUCCAACUCGUUUCCGGGCUUUGACUUCAACCAGCACCAGCUGGACCCAAACCUAUUUUACGGCACUUCCAACCCGUCGCUAGUGGAUCCCAUGGCUGCGACACAUCACAACCCGACUCCUCCUCACCUGCUGCAGCCUCAAUUGCGCCGCUCAUCACAGAGUCCCAGUCCACAUGCGUCUCCCUCGUAUCAGCAGGCUUCAUUCAAUCAGGUCAAUAGACAGAGAUCCGAGUCGCUUGACCCCGCAAGCGCUGCAUACCCACCUCCGGGAUAUCAUGGUAACGACUGGGGCGCUGGCCAGGCCUUUCAGUCGCACCGUCGCACACCAUCGGACGCUUACUCGGAAAUCUCGUCGCAUUCCAACCAGGCUUCACCAUAUCUGCCCACAGCAGACAGCUUCGAUGCCUCGCCCAUGCUGAACCCACAAACCGACGCCUCCAUGUUUCCCGACGCUCUUGGUCUUGGUCAAUUCUCCUUGUCCGAUACGCAGCUUCCACCUCAUAUCAGCCCAGGCCCUAGUCCGGCCGUGUCGCCUCGAUUGUUGCCUCAAGCGCAGCAAGCGCUUCCAGACUUCAACACGGCGAACGGCUUUGCCUUGCAACCAGACAUGUCAUACCAAGUACCACAGCAGACUUUCGACAUGUAUUCGAAUGCUUCGCUCACGGCAGCUGAACCUUUUCCUCAGCUGAGCAAUGGCGGUACCCCCAAUGAGAUAGGCAUGGCCGAUACCAUGUCUCCGCCCGAGAUCAACAUCGACUUUGCACCUCCUUCAAGGGUACCUAGUUUUGGACCACCCGCUGGUGCUGCGCCGGAGGAUGCACUCAGUCCGCCGGAGAGGAGUACGUUGUCUUACCUUUUGUUUAACCUUGUUACUGACUUUGCCAUCUCAGAUCGUAGUCGCAAUCGAAUGCGCGCCAAAUCAGACACUUUCGUUGGAUCGCGGCCUGUAACUCCCUCAGUCGCAGGAAGAGGUAGAUCUCCUUCGCUUCAACCAGGGACAAACUCCCUAUCGCCCUUCGACGCACGUCAUAGCGGCUCCCGCUCACCUUCGCCUUCGUCCGUUUCGUCUACUAGUGGACUCUCUAGACGCUCUUCGACCUCGUCUGUGCCCCAGCGAGACUACAUUCUGGAUCUCGCAAACCCUGAAAGAGCUGCCAAUGGAGGCAAUGACCCCAAGCGAACUCAAAAACACCCUGCGACUUUCCAGUGCACAUUGUGCCCCAAGAAAUUUACCCGCGCAUACAACCUGCGCUCCCAUCUUCGCACUCAUACCGAUGAGAGACCAUUCGUCUGUACUGUAUGCGGCAAGGCCUUCGCUCGUCAACACGACCGCAAGCGACACGAGAGCUUGCAUUCUGGCGAGAAGAAGUUUGUUUGCAAAGGUCAACUUAGCAAUGGAGAACAGUGGGGAUGCGGCCGUAGGUUUGCACGCGCCGAUGCUCUUGGUCGACACUUCCGCUCAGAAGCUGGACGUGUGUGUAUCAAGCCUUUGCUGGACGAAGAAGCUGCCGAGCGACAGAAACAGUGGGCAGAAGAGCAUGCCCAGCGACAAAUGCAAAGCGACCAAGGCUUUGUAGCCCCACCUCCCAUGACAAACCAACCUCAUCUCCAUCCCAUUCUUCCAGCCGCACUACUGCAGAUGUACCCAGAUCUAGCAAACCUCGACUGGGGAGCUGUCGGUGCGCCAGCCAUCCCGGAAGAGUCCGAGGUAUUCAGCGGAAGAAGCAGUUUUGACGCUGGAAGUGGUAACGAAUGGGGAGAUAUGAGUGAAAACGAGAUGGGAGCCUACGGAACGCAGACCCCAAACAUGAACAUGGGUCUUGCUAACAACGGAUGGAUGAGCGACAUGGAGCGAUGA